GAAGAACUUCAAGUAGGACUACUAUUAAGGCUCAGCUUUCAAUGGUCAUUGGGGUUGGUCACUGAGAUCGAGGAGGCGACCCUUUUAGAGAACAGGGGAAAAGGAAGGGAAAGGGGAGAGCUUUGAAGGAAGUCUCUUCCGUUCAGCAUCAGUGACCGUUGCAUGCUGAGCUUUAAUACUAGUGUUCAAAUUCAAACCGAAUCUAAUCGACAACAGUUUAUCGAGUACUUGUUUACAUCUAUCUACAUUAUCCUUCAUUAUAUUUCCUAUUGCUAUUUUAGUCCAUCAAUGAACAUGAGUAUUCAUGUCAUGAUUUAGAAGCAUGAUUGCGAGAAUUAUACCUGAAGAGGAGGUGACGGUGACCAAAUAAGAUACUUUAGAACGUCGCGCACUGAAUGAAUGAAGAUGUUGUAGAAGAAUAGAAGAGACAGCAGACCUACUUAUCGUCCUAAUCCUUAUUCAUCGUCACUAUGAUACUCAUCUUUACAAUAGCCCCGACACUUUUAUUAUUUGAUACUACAAUCUCUAUCUCGGUUCUGAAAUGCCACCUAAUACGCAGACAAGGCUCGUCCGUGCCAUGAUAUGACAACACUCAGGAAGAAGAAGGGGC